CACACACACACACACACACACACACACACACACACACACACACCAAGAUUAUUCAGCAUUGUGAAAACAAUUGAUUGAUUUAUUGUGUACUGUGUGAACCCCGGUUAUUCGUAUGAGGGGGCAGCUGUUCAGUGUUACACUUCUUAGCAGUAGUGUAGCGGGUAGAAAGUCACUGAUAGGGCAGGGGAAGUAACAGACGUUUAUGCACGCGCGUGGCGGUCAAAUUGCUUCCUCACAAAUGAUAACAUCACAUCUGGGUGUUCCACUUCUGCACCAAUCAGGGGAUGUGAAAUGUAAAGUAUACGUGCUUCAUUCACUGUCAACGGGCAUUUUGACCAGAGAAAGGGGAUGUGAUCAGUCCAGUCGUUUUUUUCGUUCGUUUUUUACUUUCAUUAUUGUAAAGGCGAUGAGGUCAGCAGAGUAGGACCAUGACGAAGGAACUACCUCAGAAUUGGAAGUGACCCAAGUUCACAGUUUUUCAAACUUCUGGAUUAAAUGAUGGUGUUCAGACGCUGGAUAGUGUGUGGCGGGGCGUUGGAAUGCAGUCCGGACCCGGUGAGUCAAGGAGGCGCUGCUCGGUUCAAGACUCAGGACGGAGGAGUGAGGGCACUGAUCAAACGCCGUCUUGAGGGCCGGGCAAAGAGGAACAGCACCACCCAAAUAAACGCCAUCGGACUGAGCAGCAGGCUCUACGGCUCGCGGGAGUCCGUGUCCAUUCCGGUCAGCGUAGCGGGGACCUUUGACCUUAGCACGGACGCCAGCACGGUCAUCAGACCCGUGCACAGCUCCAUCCUCGGGGAGAAGUACUGCUUCGAGGUGAUUAACCCAGAGAACAGCCACUGCUUCGGCUGUACCUCUGCGGCCGAACGGGACCGCUGGAUCGAGGAUCUGAGGCGCGCUGCCCAGCCCAAUAAGGACAACAUCGAGCGCAGCGAGAACUCCCUGAGCCUCUGGGUGAACGAAGCCAAGGACCUGGCCCCCAAACGACGGUACUUCUGGGAGCUCCACCUGGACGGCACCCUGUUCGCCAGAACCAGCAGCCGAGCCGUCGACAAGUGCGCCGAGCGCUCCAGCCUGGCCGGGGACGGCGUCAAUGGGGCGUCCGGGGGCCAAGGGGGUGGCAGCAGCAGCAGCAGCAGCCAAGCCGGGGGCUUCCAGCUGUUCUGGGGGGAGUUAUUCGAACUGGACAACCUGCCCGCGGUCUCCGAGGUGACUCUGUACCUCUUCCGCGACGAAGACCCCAAGAAGAGACGCCUGUCCCGGGACGACUCCAGCCUCCACCCUCUGGGCAGCGUGGCCAUACCCCUGGCCGAGAUCCGGGGGAGGGCGCAUCAGGAGAAGUGGCAUGCCAUCGUCCCGUACAAGGCGGCAGGCUCGGGCAGCAGCAAGGAACUACUGGGGCCCCAGGCUUCCCUGCGCAUCAAGGCCCGGUUUCAGAAUCUGAAGGUGCUGCCGAUGGAGAGGUACAAGGAGUUUGCCGAGUUUGUGACCGUGGACUACGUGGAGAUGUGUCAGAGCCUGGAGCCGAUGCUGGGCGUGAAGGAGAAGGAGGAGCUGGCCGGGGCGUUGGUCCACGUGCUGCAGAGCAUUGGCAAAGCCAAGGAGUUCCUGAUUGAUUUGGGUAGUGCGGAAGUUGAGCGUCUUGGGGAGAAGGAGGCACUGAUCUUCAGAGAGAACACCCUGGCCACCAAAGCCAUUGAUGAGUACAUGAAGCUGGUGGGCCAGAAGUACCUCAUCGACACCCUUGGUCACUUCAUCAUCGGACUAUACGCCUCAGUGGAGAACUGUGAGGUGGAUCCUCUGAAAUGCCACUCGGCUGACCUGGCCAUCAACCAAAGACACCUGACGGAGACCUGUGAGGAGGCAGUGAAGAAGAUCACCGAGAUGCACGGAUCAUUUCCUGAGGAGUUGAACAAGGUCUUCUCCAGCUGGGUGACCCAGUGUGAGGACCAAGGACGACCAGAGAUCGGCCAUCGCCUCAUCUCCGCCUCCCUCUUCCUACGCUUUCUGUGUCCCGCCAUCCUCAGUCCUUCCCUGUUCGGGCUGACACAGCCCUACCCUGAGCCACUCACCCUGCGCACCCUCACGCUGACUGCAAAGGUCAUGCAGAACCUGGCCAACUUCAGAGUGUUUGGAGAGAAGGAGGAGUACAUGCUCUUCAUGAAUGACUUCCUGCAGCAGCACUGGGAGGCCAUGAGAGGCUUCCUUCAAGCCGUGUCGAACCCGGACUCCGACCUUCCGAUGGCUUCCUUCGACGGCUACGUCGACCUGCCCUUGCGUCUGGCUGUGCUCCACGGACUGCUGGUAGACAUCAUCUCCAAGAAACAGCAGAACACAAUAGAGCAACUGCAUCCGCUGCCCUCCAUUCUGAACAACAUCACAGAGUCCCUAGGUUCCGGAGGUCCUUGGAUUCCUAUCAGCAGUCCAAGAAAACACAAGCCAACGUACGUUCCUCCUAAAGACCUCAGCAAAUACAGCCCUCACCAGUCCUCCCUCCAGCAGCUUCCCAUAGAACCCAAAAGCCUGCGAGACGGGGGCGUGCACUCCCGGAGGAGCAUGAGAGAGAGGAAACCGGUCGCCAGGACUCAGAGUGCUCCACACCGGCGUCCAGGCCACAACAGAUAUGCCCUGAAGAGACAGACCAGCACGGAGGACCUGCAGGUAGACGGCCCUGAACAGGAGCACGAGCCGGGGGCCGCCCACCCACUGGACAUCUCAUCCCCGCAGACGGGGGUUAGUCUUAAGCCAACCCCUAAACCAGUUCCUUGGAUCAAACAAAAUCACAAGAAGGAGCACUGCGAGAUACAGAAGAGCGAAUACGAACAACUGGACUCAUUGGACCGGAAGCAUACAGAAGAGCUGUCCGAGCUCCGUCUUGGGGUGGAGCAGGUGACUGAGCGGGAGUUGGAAAUGGCCAAGCGUCUGGAGGACUUCAUCGCUCAGAGCAUGGAGCAGAACGAGAUGCUGCAGGCGGAGGUGCACGGGCUGAGGAACACGGUGGAGUCGUGCGAGGAGCAGCUGGCCAGCGCCACCUUCAGGCUGGGUAUGAUCGAGGAGGAGAGGGAGGAGGAUGAGAGGAAGCUGAACGUUGCCUUGGCAGCCGCAGAGCGAGUUAAUGUCUUGGAGGAGCAGCUGGCAGACAUGUUGAAGGGCCUCCACCGGCUCAAUAAGGAGGUCUGCACGGAGAACGACGAGCUGCCGCCCAGAGAGUCAAACGUAGACAGUGACUGAGCCCAGAUAAGGGCUGUGAAUGUGAAGUCUAAUUGUUCCAUUAUGUGUGAGGCUAGAUGACAACACCCUAUUUUCUCUUAAGGUCCCAUGACAUGCCACCAGGUGUGAGUGCGAUUAGCCUUACAAGCAGUGUGUGUCCACCUAGAUGUGUGACGGAUAGAUGAGCAACGUUUGCUACAGUCCACUGGGUAGGCUGGUAGACUGAUCUAUGCAGCACACAUCUAGGAGGACACGCCCACUUGGCUAAUCACACACACACCUGGGUUGGCUUAGCUCAGGAGGUAGAGCAGUUGUCUUGUAACCGAUAGGUCGCUAGUUCGAUCCCCAGCUCCUCCUAGCUGGGUGUUGAUGUGUCCUGCUCCUGACAAGCUGCCUUGCAUGGUUGACUCUGCCAUCGAUGUGUCUGUGUGUCAAUGUGUGUAUUAACCGAUGUAAGUCGCUUUGGAUGAAAGCGUCUGCUAAAUGCCCUAAAUGUAAUUUCAUGGGACCGUUAGAAGAUAAGAUUCCUAUGCAAGUAGCUAACCCCAGAAGGGAAAUUUGUGAAGGCUUAGAACUUUACCUGCCCUUAAAUUUAAAGUGACAAUAAUAUAAAAUGAUCAGCAUCAUGUCUUUGAAUAUUUUGUACAUGAAUGGAAGGCCUCCAUUCAACUAUAUGUAUUGAAAUCCAAUCGAGUAUGCAAUGCCAACUUCUUUGAUGGAUAAAUAAACUAUAAAAAAAUAAAAUAAAGUGUAAAUAAGUGUCACGCGUAUUCAUGUUGUAUUGUGUCUGUGUGUCUUUCUGUUUGUGUGAGAGAGAUAUACACCCCUUAUAGGUAUGUGUGAAAGGGAGUGACACAUAUUUACAGUGGGCUAACCUGCACAGACAGCUUUUCCAUUCUGGACUAUACGAGUCACAUGAUGAGGAAGUGCAACAUAGCAACAGAGGAUGGGCCGCACCUGUAGAGAGAACAACAAAGUGGUUGCCUUGACAGCCUUGUCCGUGCAGUUGAAGGUAUAAAGAUAAAGCUUACCCCUCCUUGGCUUUAACCCUUAUCGAAUUAAUACAACAUGAGUUAUGGAGCAGACAAAAACUAGUUGGCGGAGACCACC